UUACAUGCUGCUUCGAGGGCAUGUGAAAAUUUUAUGAUUUCGGGAGGAGGACGCGACCUUCAAAACCCCGGGGAAGUCAAAUCGAAACCCGCGACCGUGGCCGCCGGCGUCCGGGCGAUCCACUCCCACUGGCCGCCGUUCUCGAGUUCUUCGUGAGAUGGCGUCCAUCAGGCGAACCUUCUUGGCGGCGACCGACCUCGAUCGUUCCUGCCGCCACCACGCCUUACUGCACCGGAAAGGCUCCCUCUCCUCUUCCUUCUCCUCCCGCGGGAAGCUACAGCAGCACCAUAACUCUUGGCGGAGGUGGUGCCUGCUUCGGUUGCUCCUUUUCUUCCUAUUCGGCUUUCUUUUCGGACUAUUCCCCUUCGCUGACCUCGAAGAUUCCAGCUUUCGCCCCCGACGCCUCUCUUUUGGUUCCUCCUCCUCCGCAAUCUUAACGACGGCCACCGAUAAUAGCGGUAACAGUUACCUUCCCCGUCGUGCUCUGGGGAACGUCGCUUUGCGCUACCGUGCCAGUCAGAUCGAUGGUGCGCGAUUUAUUAAAGACGCUAGCAAUCCGCCGCCAUUCAAGCUUCCACAGGAUCAGUCGGGCGAUGGGAAGCUGCUGCUCAUCGUCACUCCCACGUACAGUCCGGCGUUCCAAAGGUUAUACCUGAGUCGGCUGGGCCAGACACUUAGGCUGGUGCGGCCACCCCUACUUUGGAUAGUGGUGGAAAUGAAUGAAGCCACAGUUGAGACAGCAGAUAUCCUCAGGGGAACGGGCGUCAUGUACAGGCAUCUUGUCUGCAAGAAGAAUUUGACCGACACCAUGAACAGGGGCGUCCACCAGAGGAACACCGCGCUUGAGCACAUCGAGCGGCAUCGCCUGGAUGGUAUUGUGCACUUCACAGAUGAAGAUAGCAUUUAUUCCCUUGAACUGUUCGAGCGUCUGCGGGAGAUCAGGAGAUUUGGUGUUUGGCCUGUUGCAAUGCUUGCUCAGAACAAAAACGAGGCUAUACUUGAAGGUCCAGUGUGUAAUGGAAGUCAAGUAAUUGGAUGGCAUACUAAUGAGAAAAGCAAGAGAUUGAGGAGAUUUCAUGUUGAUAUGUCUGGUUUUGCAUUCAACAGCUCCAUAAUAUGGGACACCAGGAGAUGGAAUCGUCCAAAUAUGGAUGCCAUUCAGCAACUAGAUACAAUGAACAAGGGCCUUCAGGAGACAACAUUUAUAGAGCAAAUAGUAGAGGAUGAGAGUCAAAUGGAAGGCAUACCAUAUGGUUGCUCAAGGAUCAUGAAUUGGCACCUCCCUCUAGAGGCAAAAGAUCUUGUUUAUCCUAAAGGAUGGCAAGUAUCUAGGAACUCUGAUGCUGUGGUUCGAUUAACAUGAAGUAGUUUUUCUUUCCCCUUCACAAGGCUAUAGCAUUUAUUUGGGUGCCAUAGCACGACUGCCCCUGGUUGUUCCAUUAAUCAACUUCCAGAGUAUAAUUCUAACUCGAGGUUGGAUCAGCACAGUUGAGAAUGCAUCACCACAUGGAUUGUUUAUAUCUUUCAGUCAUUUCAAUCAUGAACAGGUUCAUUCAUGAUAUGAAAAGGCUAUAAAUUUGGUGAAUCUCCAAAAACCUUGUAAGAAGCUGCUUUCAGCAUCAAUUUUGAGUUGUUUUUCAUGUC